AUGGCGUUCGUCCCUGAUUUGGACACUCUGGAGAGCAGCAGCCUGAACGAGGAGACGUUUUAUGACCCCGACUGCCUCCUCCUGCAGAAGAAACCCCACCUGGACGUGGAGAUGACAUCGCCCGAGGUGGGCAUCCAGGUGAUGGUGACCAAGGGACACCCCGCCAGGACCUUUCGCCGCGCUGCUGUCCUGGUGGCAGCCGUGACCAAGUUCCUGAAGCAGCCGGCAUGCAAGGACUUUGCUGACAGCGACCUCGGGAGCUUCCUGGACGAUAUUUUUGAGCCCGUCUCCUUCCAGCGGAUUGAGGACAGCUAUGCCGGGGCUCCCGUCUACCGCUACACCCGCUCACAGUCCUUCGACAUCCUCGACAUCGACCAGAAGUGCUUCGUGCUGGAGUCGCCCACCCAGCUGGUGGCCCUGCACCUGCAGGGACCCUCUGCUGGGCGGAAAGUGAAGCUCAACAUCGCUCUGUAUCGUCCCCGGUUAUCGCAGGGCGGCCUGGGGACCGGGCAGGUGCCGGUGGCACUGGGCAUCAAGGGUUACCAGCUCUACAUGUCAUGCGUGAUGAGCGGCGCCAAGCCCGUGCUGCAGCUGGAGGAAGCUGACAUCAGGAGGGACAUCGAGAGCGUGGAGCUGACUCGCUUCAUCUUCUACCGCCUGGACAGCCCGGCUGAGGGCACCACCCGCUUCGAGUCGGCUGCCUUCCCCGGCUGGUUCAUCUGCACCUCCCUGCAGCCCCGCCAGCCCGUGGGCAUCACCAACCAACCCGACCAGGUCAACAUCGCCACCUACGAGCUGAGCGGGCGCUGA